UGGAAUUAUCGUGUUUUGCUACUUUUGUUUACAUUUUAGUGUUAGUGAAUAGACAAGAAUGAAAGCUAUUUUGUUGCUGUUGGUUGCAACUUUAAGCUUUUAUCAUGUUUAUUGUGCGAUGACUGAAGCUCAAAUGAAAGCUACGUUGAAGCUUGUACGAAAUACGUGCCAACCAAAAUCCAAGGCCACCAAUGAACAAAUUGAAGGAAUGCAUUCAGGCAACUGGGACUUGGACAAAAACGGCAAAUGUUACAUGUGGUGCAUUUUGAAUAUGUAUAAGCUGAUCGGAAAAGAUAAUAGUUUUAAUUGGGAAGCCGGAAUUGCAGUUUUGAAAGCUCAGGCUCCCGAGACUGUUAGAGACCCUGCUAUCGCAUCUGUAAAUAAUUGCAAAGACGCUGUUAAAACUGCUUCAGAUAAAUGCGAGGCUGCCUAUGAGAUAGCACACUGUAUGUACCUGGAUAACCCCGAGAAAUACUUCUUACCAUAAUGUAAUUAAUUAAGUCUCAAUAAAUUGGUGUCACUUUAA